CAGAAACCCCGCCACCGCACCCCAAAUCCAAGCUUCCCUCAAAAAAAAAAAUCCACCCCACCAUCGCCGCCGGUUGCCGGAGCCCUGCGCCGCCGGCCAGCCUGGGCCAGACCCAUAGAAGGGCCUCGUGCAACGAAGAACCAGCACCACGAGCUCGGGGCGGGCCGGACUGACCUCCCACGCCACCAGGGCGAGCCCACCGCCGCCGCAACGCCGCAGAUCGCCACACGCCACCACCGGAUCCCGCCCACGGCCGCGCGCGGGAGACGAUCCCCUCCGCUACCUUUGCCGGCCCCCGGCGCGGCUACGCCAGCGGCGCCUCAGGUGGCGGCAGCGCGAGAGGAGGAGAGAGGAGGGCCGGCGGCGCGGGUUUCCCCCUUGUCGUCCGAGGGAGGGGAUGCGGGGGACGAAGGGGUGGUUGAUUUGCAGCUCCGGCCGCCCGUGUGCUGUGAUUGCAGUCGACCUGCUCUAAAGCUGAGGUGUUCGUCUCUGUCCAUCCACAAUGGAAGCUCAAGCUCCAGAUUGGUCCGGGCUACCAGCGGACAUAUUGAUCAGCAUAUUCCAGUUGCUCGAGUGCCCAGACCUCCUCCGAUCCGCCGCCGUCUGCACAUUCUGGCAAAAGGCAUACUCCACGGUCUGCUGCAGCGGCGUCUGCACCAGUCCGCAGACGCCCUGCUUACUCUAUUGUACAGAGGCCGCCGGUGUGAAGGCUCUUGGCAUGUACAGUCUCUCCGAACGGAAGGCCUACUCCAUGCCUCUCCCUGAACCUCCCAUCAGCAACUGGAUUGGCUCAUCACACGGAUGGCUAGUCACCAUGGAUGAAAAGUCUGACCUGAUGCUGCUCAACCCUAUCACCGGUGACAAGAUUGCACUCCCUCCUGUGACAACCAUGGAGCAUGUUAAACCUGUCGUAAACGGCGACGGGGUUCUCGAAAAGUACGAGGUGUCUUUCUACCACGGAAAACUUCCGAGAGUGGACAGUACACCAUAUGGAUGUUCUUUGGAUAGGUGCGGUGAAGUUGUCUACAUAAAGGCGAUUUUAUCGUCUGAUCCAUCGACAGGUGAAUGCAUUGUCAUGCUCAUCCAUCAGCCGUACUGGCAGCUCUCGUUCGCCAAAGUGGGAGAUGCUUGGUGGAACUGGCUCCAAAUGCAUAGUUUCUACGCAGAUUGCAUAUACCAUGAUGGCUGUUUCUAUGCAGUGACUGAAGAAGGCGCGAUCGAUAUGUACAAUCUGGAUGGACCAUCCGUCAUCCAUAGAAGGAUUUUACCAGAUAUGGUUGACGUGGCCCAGAGGUACUACAUUCUUCAGGCACCAUGGGGAGAUUUUCUCCAAAUCUACAAGGAGAGGGACUGGGAUCCUGAACGACCGGUUGGUGAGACGUAUGCCACCGCUUUCGAAGUGUACAAGGUUGAUUUUGUCGAGCAAAAGCGUGUUAAGAUGGCAGGGAUAGGUGACUAUGCGUUGUUUACUGGGAAAAGCACGACAUCUUGCUUUAGCGUGAAAGAUCAUCCAGGCUUGAUGUCAAACCAUGUAUAUUAUACUCAUGAUGAUCAUGAAGAUUUAUUCGACUGCGAAGAUGAUCCCCGUGACAUAGGGGUGUACGACUUGGAGAACAAUAGCAGGACCAGGUUGGUUGGAUCAUCCAGGCUUGAUGUCAAACCAUGUGUAUUAUACUCAUGAUGAUCAUGAAGAUUUAUUCGACUGCGAAGAUGAUCCCCGUGACAUAGGGGUGUACGACUUGGAGAACAAUAGCAGGACCAGGUUGGUUGGAUCAUCCAGGCUUGAUGUCAAACCAUGUGUAUUAUACUCAUGAUGAUCAUGAAGAUUUAUUCACUGCGAAGAUGAUCCCCGUGACAUAGGGGUGUACGACUUGGAGAACAAUAGCAGGACCAGGUUGGUUGGAUCAUCCAGGCUUGAUGUCAAACCAUGUGUAUUAUACUCAUGAUGAUCAUGAAGAUUUAUUCGACUGCGAAGAUGAUCCCCGUGACAUAGGGAUGUACGACUUGGAGAACAAUAGCAGGACCAGGUUGGUUGAUCCUGAACCCUGGAGGACGUGGUUCCCUCCCAUAUGGUUCACACCCAACCUUGCAAAAGCAGGAUUUCCAGAUGACAAUGGUGGGGCGCAAUAGGAUUAAGCCCGAAGACAACGGCCAAUUGCUUCCUGAUAUUUCGUCUUGCGGCACUCUUUGCCGGGCCCACUAUGGAGGGAGAUGUUGCCAAUGGACUUGCCAUGUGCUAGUCUUGUAGUAGUGGCCUUUUUUCUUUGAUGAUGAUGAAGUUUGCCUCUGUGUAAUUUGCAUUCGAAGUUUCGAAUUUCUUUUUUUCUUUUUUCUUUUUGCGGGGGCGAAGUUUCGAUUUUCAACUGGGCUAUGAGUGAACUCAUCCCCGGUGUCCGAUGUUGUGUCGUCUUGUACUACUACCAGGGUCUUUGAAAUUGACAGAAGCUGGGGCGCCCCUUCUCUUCCUGUUACUAUCUACUCCUUUGAACUAAAAACAUGACAAAUGUUUUGGAA